UCGCUUAGCAAUAUUAUGUUCUUGCACGUUUCAGGGUUGUCGCUUCGCAGGCAGUUGGUAUUUUUUGUUCGAUAUUCUUGGGUAGCGUGCUUGUAUUUGUGCGGUCUUUCGCAGGCUAUUCUCUACAUUUUCAUUGCAACGCAAUAGUCAUUUAUGCAACUCGUUCACGAAAAGCGUGAAAGCAUGCCUUGACUUGCGGGUCUCUUGCUACGCACUUUUAAAAACGUAUUAGGAAAAUAUAGUGACAAUCGAGUUACUUUUAAAACUUCUAGUAUUUGCAAUCGCUUGCAACCCUGACUUGCGAUCUAUCGAAACGGCGAAAGUUUUCUAUGACGAUGAGAAGUCGAAUUUUUGGAUUUUUCGCGUGACAAGUUGGUGGUGAAAAAAAACCCAGGCACAACCUUAACAAUUCAUUUGGCAACUUGGCUAACGUUUGGCUACUGAAAAGCGCAACGCUGGCUGGUGCGGGCGGUUCAAGUGAGGUGUGAAAAGUCGCCAAAAGAAAAAAAAUCAAUUGCCUCUCGGUCGUUUCCAAUUUUCAAUUCACAUUCUCUGCGUGUGCAAAAAGCAAAGGAAAGGCGAGAAAAAAAUUAGACUGCAAACGACAAGAAAAGAAGAAAAAAUAGAAAAGAAACGGCGAGCGGAAAGAAGAGCGCAGAAGAAGGCCGAGGAAAAGGCAACGUAGAGUUGAAGAAAAUGUUGUGGAAAAGGGGCGGAGGAGCAGGAGCCGUGUUUUCGAGUCGCAAGCAGCAGAAGCAGUAUAAAUAAAUAACCAUCGUCGCCAAAGAGUGCUCGUUAUUCAGCGCGAUUGGAAUCGCGGAAAAGCAAGUUGGCGAAGUACGAAAUAUCGCAGUGAAAAUCAAAUUUUCCAAAUAGAAAGAAGAGCUCCUCCUCACGCUCGUUCGCCUGCUCGCUCUCUUUCUCUCUCAUCCUCUCCUUCGCUCUCUCGCUUCCACUCUCGCGACUGGGUGGCAACGUGUGUGCGUGUGUUGCUGUGUGUGCCUGCUGUGUGUGAGUGUGCCGCGUGCGUAAGUGUGUGUGUGUAGCUCGAAAGAGCGAAAAAAUAGAUCUAAAAGAAAAAAUAAGAGGAAAAGCAAAUAAGGAGAAGCGAAAUAACCGACUGUGUCUUUGUGUGGAAUUUCUUGAUAAUUGCAACAUACGUUACCAUGGAAUACUUCCUAGGAGGAUAUGUGUACAUGAACGGAGAUGCACUCAAGAUUCAGCCGCCCGUCUACACCAACGUUCCUGUCGAGACGGCGAUGCUAGCAACUAAUCUGUUUGGCGCCACAACCCAAAUUGCAGCUUCACCCGCAGCAGCAGCCGCUGCUCACAUACCGUUGAUCACAGCCGCCGCUGCAGCAGCCGCCGCCGCAGGCGCUCCAGCAGUAGCUCCUCAAGUUGCCGUUGCUCCAGUGGCCACCGCAUCAGCAGCACAAGCAGCAGUUGUGCCCGCCCAACAGCAGCAGCAGGCGCAUCCACACCAGGCCCAGAUUCUGGCCCAUACGCACGUAGCCCACCAACAACAACAGCAGCAUCAGCAGCAGCAGACGAUCCAACAGCAUCUCCACCAGCAGCAUCAACAACAGUCGCCGCAUCCCGCCCAGCAUCUGACCUACGGCCAUCAGCCGGCGCUUCCGCAGGCCACGGCUGGAGGAUCAGGAACAAUUUCCGGAGGAGCAGUAGGAGCAUCCGGAGUAGUCGUGGAGGGCCAGGACACCAACGAGUACGCCAUCAUGAAUGGCGCACUCGGCCAGAAUCAGGAUGGCACUGUGGUGUGCUACGCCACAGAGGCCCUGAACAACACGAAUUUAGUUGCACUCGAUCCGCAGUCCCAUCAAAUUGUAGUGCCGGUCCAGGUUCCUGUCCAAGUCCCAGUGCCCGUUCAGCUCCCAGCAAAUGGGUCCGCUGAUCCGCAGCAAGGCAGCCACAAUGCAGCCGGUGGAGAGGAGCCCAACAUACCGCUGGACAAGCUCAAACAAAUGCUGGCCACCCAACUCGAGUACUACUUCUCCAGGGAAAACCUUGCAAACGACACCUACCUGCUGUCCCAGAUGGACAGCGACCAGUAUGUGCCCAUUUACACUGUGGCCAGAUUUAAUUUGGUGCGGAAACUAACCAAUGACAUCAAUCUCAUCACUGAGGUGCUGCGUGAAUCGCCCAAUGUCCAGGUGGACGACAAAGGCCUGCGCGUGCGUCCCAAUCGCAAGCGUUGCAUCAUCAUUCUGCGCGAAAUAUCGAACAACACGCCUCUCGAUGACGUCAAGGCUCUGUUCAGCAAUGAGAGCUGCCCCCGCCCGAUAUCCUGCGAAUUCGCCGCCAAUAACUCGUGGUACAUAACCUUCGAGUCGGACGAAGAUGCGCAAAAGGCGUAUAAGUACCUGCGCGAAGAGGUCAAGGAGUUCCAGGGCAAGCCGAUCAUGGCUCGCAUCAAGCCCAAGUCGUUUAUCAAUCGCAUCCAAGCUGUACCAAAGAACGGCUAUCGCCUCACGUCGCCGCCGACUGCCAAUGUCUUUGAUCCAUCCGGAGCCGGUGGCGCCACAGUUAGCUAUGCGGCUGCCCAGCAGCCCCGCUAUCUGUACACCAACGGAGCGGCCAUCGCGGCUCCCGCCUCAGUUCAGUACAGCAACCCAGUACUGAUUCCGAUUCCGCAGAAUCAAUUCUACCCUGGAUUGGUGGCUGGUCCCUGGCCGCCUGGCACUGUAGCAGCCACUACCGCCCAUGGGCAAAAUUUCUACGAGCUCGGAGGAAACAUAUUUACCACCAAUCCUUUAGCACCGCAGCCUGUGACAGCGGGAUUCGCUCAACCUCCACCACCCACCUCACAAGCAAUGGUCACGCCCAAACCGCAGGGCGGUGGGCGCUACAAUAACAAUCACCGCGGCAAUCCAAACAACGUGGCCGGUACAAGCUCGGGACCACGCGCCGAGUCGAGGAGCAAACCACCGCGCAGCACACCAUCAGCCUCCCACAUCCAGGGCGGUAACAUCGUGCCCAUCCAGAUAACUGGACCCAUUCCAGGAGGAAUGGUCAGUGUGGUCCCGACCAACAUUGUGCAGGAUCCACUACAGCCGGCACCUUUGCAACAGCAACCACAGCAGGUGAUCCAACAGAUACAGCAGCAGCCAACGAGCUCAGCUCCGCAGCAACAGGCCGCCACGGUGCAGAUGAACAACACUACGCGUCACUACCCCAUCAAGAGCAACUGGAAGGGUGGCAUGCAAAAGAACCUGGACAAGAGCUAUAGCGGUGGUGUGACCACCCACCAUCACUACACAACCCAGGUGCAGGCUCUGCCCGCCCACAGCCACCAUCUACAAGCUCAGCAGCAGCAGCAGCUGCAGGGACAGACCCAGCAGCAGCACUAUCAAUUGGCUUCCUCCAGCGCUGCAAGCGCUCCUCAAGUUACCUAUGUAUCCACUGCACCGGCCCCACAGCAGCCGGGCCAGCAUCAACACCACUUGGUGGUCCAGCAGACGCAGCAACAACAGCAACAGGUAGUCCUUCAGCAGCAGCAAGUGCAGGUGCAGGAGCUGCAGGAAGCGGGGGACGGUGUCGAGCAUAGCUCUCACGCCAUGCAGCAGGUGAAUCGCAGCAGCAACAUGUCUGCCAGCUCCUCCUCAUCGCUGGCCACUUCGAUCAGCAAGGAGCCACUGCAAUGGCAGAAUCGUCCGCGUCGUCGUCGUCGUGAUGAGGAGGGCGGUAUCAACUAUUCCCCAGGCGGGCGAGUUGGGCUUUAUGGCAGCUCGCCCUCAAACCCGCAUCCGCAGCAGCAUCUGAUGUCAUCUUCCACCGGGAGCAAUGUACAAUCAGCUGGCGGAACCGAUGGCGGCGGAGCCUCCCAUCGCGGCGGAGAGCGCCAGAGCCACUACAACACCAUCCACGACGUCCCACCGCCCCAGCACCGUGGCAACUACAAGGGCAAUAACUACAAUCCGCAUUAUCAUGCCCAGCAUUCUUCGAUGGCGAGUGGCUCGCAUCAUCACCAUCACCACAACGCCCUGUCGUCGCAGCAGCAGCAACAUCACUUGACCACCGGCACUGGGCAGCAGGGCUCGGGUCAUCACUAUCAUCACCAUCACCACCACAAUUCGAUUGGCAGCAAUGUGGGCAACAGCGGCGGCUUAGGCGUUAGCAGUGGCGGAUCCGGGGGUGGCGGAAGUGGCGGAGGAUCGGGCAGCAACAGUCUGUCCGGCGGAAGCAACGAGCGCGGUAUUCACCACAGCUCCUUGGGCUAUCAAGGCCACCAGCAUCAGCACCAACAGCAGCAGCAGCAACAACAGCAGCAGCAACAGCAACAACCAGCCGCACCGGUGCAACCGCCGCAGUUCGAUUUAGAGGAUGCCGCCUUUCCACCAUUGCCAGCCACGUCAGCCACAGCACCACAUACACCUCAGGCCACUGGCGGAGCCUCCCUGCAUAACUCCACGACUUCGUCCUCCUCGUCAACAAGCCUGGGCCAAAAGCAGACCCUACACCAGCAGCAACAGCAGGCGCCGCAUCAGCACCAGGUGCUGAGCAGCAGCGUGGAAAGCGGUGAUGAACAACGCUCAAGCAAUCAGCAGGGAGUAGAGACCAGCAAUAUUCACUUGGCCAACAGUUCCACCGCCAACAAUUGGGCCGAGAACCGCCUAUCGGACGUGGUGCGCACUGGCGGUGGCGGUGGAGGCGGAGGCAAGGGCAAGGCUCGUAAGGAUAACAGGCACCCACAGGGCCAGAACCAGCCGCAUUUGGCCCACAACUAUCAGCAGCAUCAGCCGCGCAAUCCACCUGUUAGCCCCACGCCAGUCCUGGGCGCUGAGUAUGCGAUCCAGAUUCAGGAGGGCAACAAUACUAAGAACGUUACUAAGCAGAGCUCCAGUAACAACGAUUCGAUCCAUGUGAUAAAGUGUCAAACACCAAAUAUCAAUGCCAGCAGCAAGGAGGAGGCAGCCGGAGCCCAGCAACAGCAGCAGCAGCAGCUGGACAAAUCAAACAAGACUGAGGAUGAAAUGCAUCCAAAGCAGCCAUCGCAGCAGCGACUGGUCGAAGGCUAUGUCCAGCAGCAGCAGUUGCCGCUGCUGGCUGGCCAUAACGAGUAUUCCGCUGCCCUGGCCGCGGGCGCUGGCGCCUGUAGCGUGGUGGAGGGUGGUUUGACCACCAGUUUGGCCGAGUGCAGCCUGGGCCAGCACAAGAAGCCGCCCUCGGUGGCCGCCCUGCACGCCAAGAAAGACGCCAAUUUGCUGGAGAAGGGCGCCAGCAAGCACAAGAGCGUGGCCACGUCCACGUCUACAGAAAACCUUUCGGCUGCCGCCACGGCCAGCAAACUCAGCUAUGCCCAGGUGGCACAGCACCACAAGGCCGCUGCCUCCUCUGAUGGCAAGGAGACGGGCUCCGGUGGCUCCACUGGCACGCUGUCGCCUACCGGCAGCCACAAGAUGGACCUAGUCUUUGGUGACCCCGCCGUCGUGGUGGCGGCCGUGGAGAAAAGCGGCCUAGCCACAGUUUCUACCGAGAAACGCGUCGCAGGUGGAGCCUCGCCCGCCGCGUUGGUCGGCAAACCAGCUGGUGGACUUCCGGCCACCAACACAACCCAAGGCAGCAGUGCUGUCGUGGUCUCUGCCAAAGAGAAAGAUAAUCGUCCCAAUGCCUCCGUUCGCCCACUGAGCAAGGAGAAACAGCAGCAACAUUACGGCUCUGCUACAGAGCACAAUACUAAUGCCAAUAUCGGCUUGGGGACUAGCGGAAACCGCAAGUCCAGGGCCAACAACUCUUAAAGGACGAAGAGAGGUGAACCAAACCGCGUUGCCAAAGCGAGGCAUCUGUGAAACAUCUUUGCAGGAUGCCUCUAAAGCUGCAUCCGACUGUAAAUAUAUGAAAUUCCAUGUGUAAAUAUGAGCAAACCCUUUUGUUAAACCUAUAAGAGCUAGAGAUAUCUAUAAACGAACUAAGGAGGCAUAUGACAGCAGUUGCCGCUGCUCGUAAGGACGCGGAAACGAGAGCUGAGGAAGGAGAGAGCAGCAGGCGAUGCUUGGACCAGUUAUCAUAUUAGUAGGCAAGGACGAAGAAUGAAUGGUGCAUACCCUUUCUCCAGCUAUAUUUAAUCAGUUAUCAGUUAAUGUUAAUCAACCUAAGCUAAUGUUACCUAGACUCGGUGGGUACCACACACAGACACACACAGCUUAGCGCGGCGCGGAGGAGCAGUACUGCGGCGACCGGAGACAGAGGAAAGAACAGACAAGAAAUGUAUGAGAUGUAUAUGCCUAAGCUAAGCUAUUAUUACGAUUACCAAUAACGAUGCCGAGUGAAUAAGUCUUAAGAGGUUUGAGCGUAGUUAACUAACUAGCAUCGAACGACAAAACAAAACAAUACUAAAGCAAGCUAAGCCAAGCAAUGGAAGAGAGGAGAAGGAAAUGUUAGGUUUUAUUGCUAAAUUACCGAUAACACGUCGAUUUUACGAUAUAUUAUUUGCCUUUAAUAUUUCAUCAUUCUCAUUUUUGCUUAUACAUCAGAACGUAAUGUUUAUAGCCAAAACAGAAGUACACAGAUACGAGUGCGUAGCCCACAUAGCUAUGUCUCUGCUAGUCUCACAGGUUAGGGUUACUUCUAUUAUUUAGAAAUAUUAUAUAUAAUCUAUAUAUAUAUUUA